CUCCAGCCCGGGACCAUGGGGAGCAGCAAGAGCAAGCCCAAAGACCCCAGCCAGCGCCGGCGCAGCCUGGAGCCCCCCGAGAACAGCCACCAUGGGGGGUACCCGGCCUCGCAGACACCCAGCAAGGCGGCUGCUCCCGACGGCCACCGCACGCCCAGCCGCUCCUUCGGGACCAUGGCUGCUGAGUCCAAGCUCUUUGGAGGCUUCAACACCUCUGACACGGUCACCUCCCCGCAGCGUGCCGGGGCACUGGCUGGGGGAGUCACCACCUUCGUAGCCCUCUAUGACUACGAGUCCCGGACAGAAACGGACUUGUCCUUCAAGAAAGGAGAGCGCCUGCAAAUCGUCAACAACACGGAAGGUGACUGGUGGCUGGCUCAUUCCCUCACUACAGGACAGACGGGCUACAUCCCCAGUAACUAUGUCGCGCCCUCAGACUCCAUCCAGGCUGAAGAGUGGUAUUUUGGGAAGAUCACUCGCCGGGAGUCUGAGCGACUGCUGCUCAACCCCGAGAACCCCCGAGGGACCUUCCUGGUCCGGGAGAGCGAGACCACAAAAGGUGCCUAUUGCCUCUCUGUGUCUGACUUUGACAACGCCAAGGGGCUCAACGUGAAGCACUACAAGAUCCGCAAGCUGGACAGUGGCGGCUUCUACAUCACCUCCCGCACCCAGUUCAACAGCCUGCAGCAGCUGGUGGCCUACUACUCCAAACAUGCUGAUGGCUUGUGCCACCGUCUCACCAACAUCUGCCCCACGUCCAAGCCCCAGACCCAAGGCCUUGCCAAGGAUGCCUGGGAAAUCCCCCGGGAAUCGCUGCGCCUGGAGGUCAAGCUGGGACAGGGCUGCUUUGGAGAGGUGUGGAUGGGGACCUGGAACGGCACCACCCGGGUGGCCAUCAAGACACUGAAGCCUGGCACCAUGUCCCCAGAGGCCUUCCUGCAGGAAGCCCAGGUGAUGAAGAAGCUGCGACACGAGAAGCUGGUUCAGCUCUACGCUGUGGUGUCAGAGGAGCCCAUUUACAUCGUCACCGAGUACAUGAGCAAGGGGAGCCUCCUGGACUUCCUGAAGGGUGAGAUGGGCAAGUACCUGCGGCUGCCCCAGCUCGUGGAUAUGGCUGCUCAGAUUGCAUCUGGCAUGGCCUAUGUGGAGAGGAUGAACUACGUGCACCGGGACCUACGGGCAGCCAACAUCCUGGUGGGGGAGAACCUGGUGUGCAAAGUGGCUGAUUUUGGCUUGGCACGACUCAUCGAGGACAACGAGUACACGGCUCGGCAAGGUGCAAAGUUCCCCAUCAAGUGGACGGCCCCCGAAGCAGCUCUGUACGGCAGGUUUACCAUCAAGUCAGACGUCUGGUCCUUUGGCAUCCUCUUGACCGAGCUGACCACCAAGGGCAGAGUGCCAUACCCAGGGAUGGUGAACCGGGAGGUGCUGGACCAGGUGGAGCGGGGGUACCGCAUGCCCUGCCCGCCCGAGUGCCCCGAGUCCCUGCACGACCUCAUGUGCCAGUGCUGGCGGAAGGACCCGGAGGAGAGACCCACCUUCGAGUACCUGCAGGCGUUCCUGGAGGACUACUUCACCUCGACAGAGCCCCAGUACCAGCCUGGAGAGAACCUAUAGACACAGGGCUCCUCCUGGCACCAGGGACACUGCUGUCCUCACCACGGGGCACCAAGGGCUGGCUCCUCAGCGAGGGGCUGUGUUUGUGGAGCAGCCCUGGAGCAGGACAGGGCAUUAUCUCCAGAUGCAGCCAGGGGAGCUGCUGGGUUCCCCCAUCGCUCAUUAAGACUUCUGGCCUGUGUUUAAUGAAGCAGCGCUGUUCUGCUGGCGAGAGGAGCCUGUGGGCACCAACAGAGCCAGCUCAGGAGGGCAAGCAGAGCAUCUCCUGCCAAGAGACUUGGGUUUUGGGAGACUUUUUCACCCCACAGCUCUGGGGUGAGCCAGGAGGAAUUGGGGGAGAGCAUCACCCCGCCUCAGACACACGGUCCCAGUCUCCUGCAACCCCUUUCUAAAUCAGCACAAAUUUCCUUGCCCCUUCACCCUCCCCACCAUCUCCCUCUCGGCUCCAGCUCUACCAAGGGUGCUGGCAAAGAUGUUUUGCCACAGGGAUGUCAUAAUUCCAGGCUGGCUUGAAUGGGGUGAUCUGCUGGGGUGGUGGUGGUGGCGUGGGAUGACAGCAGAACUCUGGUGGUCCCUCUGGCCUCAUCAUGACCUUAGUGGCUGGUGAGUUCUGGGACUCUGAAAUGUGACAGCUCCAGGCUCUGGUCACCAACACUGUCCCAUCGGAGCACCCAGGCACAUGAUUGAAUCUUCCAGCUCUUUCUGUUCCCCCAAGGGACACAUCUCACCUCUCUGGGGAGCAGGACUGGGGGUGCCAGCAGAGCCCUCACCCUGCUGCACUUUCUCCCACCACAUGCUCCAGGUCUUCCAGCCAGACCCUUGGGAAGUACCCCCCCAGCCAUCCUCCCCAGGUCUGCCACCAGCUUUCCCACCAGCAGAGUCCCCUGGGCUGGUCCUGCCACCAAAUCCAGUGCCACUGUGGUGCUUGGGUGCAUGGCCCAUGUAGCUGUUCUGGGUUUGGGAAUGUUUUGGAGGAAGUACUCGACUUUCACAGAUGGUUUUGUCCACCUGGUAUGUUUUUAGCUACCCAUUGUGUCUCAGCUUCCAGGCAGCAAUCCCCAUGCAGCAUCCCCAGCCACAUGCCCCCCUCUGGAAGUGCUGUGCCACAUUUGCAUCCUCAUCUCCCCUCUGCUCACUUCCAAAGGCCUCAGCCAUGUCUCAGCUGUGGGUGGCUCUUUCUGCCCAGCUUUGUCCCACACACAUCCCGUGGGGCUGAUCCCUGGUGUCAGCAAGGCUCAUUCCCUGCCCUCUCCCACCCAGCACCUGUUUGUACAUAACCCUUGUGAUCCCUGCACUGUCCCACGCCUUGACUUCAUUGCAUGUGUUGGUUUUCCCUCUCCUGUGGCUGUACCCAGCUGGAACCUUUCACCAUGGUGGUUCACAAAGUUUCAUUCCUUCACCUCCUGGGUCCCAGAGACCCUUGCUCAGAG